GGCCGAGUGCACCAACCCCGGUCAACAAGCAUGAUAACCAAGGUCCCGCGAUCAUGGUUAAAAGUAAAUCGCGUUUAAAAUGUUUCUGCAGUGCACCAACGUUAAUCGCUGGUCAGCAAACCGUCGUCAGCCAACUGUGCAUUUGACCGCGGUUAACUCUCUACAUUGCAAUGGAACGUGCCCUGGCAACGCAAAGAUGUUAGUAAACAAGAAAUUGCACAGAUAAUCGCUGGUGCCACGUUCUAUCUUUGCUGUUUUUUCCGUCGACUAGCAGAAGUGUGUUUACGUACCUCGGUACCUAUUUCUGAUCUGUUGGUUUCUUUUUUGGAGAAUAAUGGAGAAUAAAAGAAGAACACCGAAUUUCUCGAAGUACGAGAUAGAUGUACUUCUUGAACUGGUGGGUGCAAAUGCAUCCGUUCUUGAAAAUAAGAAAACCGACGGCUGCAGCUUAAAAGAAAAACAGGCGAUGUGGUCCCAUGUGGAGGCGCAAUUUAAUUCUACUCCUGGUGUGACAAAAAGAUCCUGUGACAGGCUGAAAACCUGUUAUGAAAAUAUGAAAAGAAGACUUCGAAAAGACCUUGCAGAAGAAAAGGUGGAAGUAUAUAAAACAGGUGGGGGGAAGCCUACCCAAAAAACCACGAUCCAUGAUCGGGCUAAACUAUUAGAAAUUGUUGGUUCCUCAAUGAAACCGUUAGCAAAUGCAUAUGAUUCCGAUGCACAGUUCAGCAUGAUUGUGGAUGUUGUCAACAUGGAGAGCAGUGAAGUGCAGUGCAGUGAGAAUACGCCACCUGCUUCAGUUGUCGAGUUAGCAGAGUGCACACAACCUAGCAAUUCCCACACACCUGUCGUAUUAUUAAGUAAAGAGACACCAAAUAAUGUUCUGGCGGAUGUCACCCAGUUGCAACCUGUUUCACAGUCUCCUGAUCAACCCAAUGAAAACAUUUGCACGCCAAAAAAUACAUGGAAUCGUCGCAGGAUGCCUGCAAAACCAAGGCCAUCAGGUUCGGGAACAGUGAUUGACAAUGUUUGCAAGAAGAGAGUGGAAGUACUGGAGGCCCAAUUACUCAUGAUGAAGGCAGAGCACCAAAAGGAGCUGAGGAUAAAAAAUUUAAAGAUUCUGGCCCUGAAAGAAAAACUGAAGUACUGGAAGAAGAAAAAUGCCAGUGACACGUGACUUUUUUUUCCUGUGAUAGUGAAUUUUUUUAAUUUUUUGUGCUAUGUUGUAUAUUUUUUGUGCUAUGUUGUAUUUUGUCUAAUGUAUUAAAGUUGUCUCUCGGUUCAAAUUGUUUCUCUGUGUUUGUCCUGUUAGUGAUACUGCUUCUAUCCUAGUUGUUGUCUGUCUAAUAUCUGCUUACAGCUUAUUUGGUCUGGACUAAGUUUCAUCCAAUCACUUAAAAUUAGAAUUACUUCAUAUAUAAAAACAGAUUAGCAACACUGCAGUUUACACAAGUAAGAUACAUG